CGCGAUACACCAUGCAGACAUGCAGUGUAUAAAUAGAGUACUUUCCUUAAGUGAUCAUGCAUAAUUCAUCUCCAUUAGCGAGCAGCUAGUAAUCAUAAUAGUUCAGAGCAACUUUCCGGCGGCCGGCGAUCAGCUAGCAUGUCUGCUUCGAACGUGUUUGGGAAGGCAAUCACGGUUCUCGAUUACCCGGACAGGGAAACGAGAGCGAGUGCGGCCUACGCACUGAUCAACGGCGACGACAAACACACGCAGGUGACCGAUUACGUGAAGAAUCAGAAACAGUCUUAUGGGGACGGCAUUGCGGUUUUAGCCACCAUUUACAACGCCACCGGCGAGAACCUCUACUUCUCCACCUCCAAAGACUGGUAUGGGAAGCUGUAUACCGACGCCGGGGCCUCCUACCCGAAGAUCAUCCAGAAUGGGCAGUGGGCGGGAUUCUUGCACAUCAAAAGCCCCGUCGUUGCUUCCGGCUCCGAAGCCGCCGUGGUUUACCGUGUCAAAGCCAAUGAGGGUGCCGCCGGUGAGAAUGCCGAGGUUGUGAUUGCUUGGGAUGAUCCUUGGGCUCCUGGUUCCGAUAAUCAGGUGUACACGGAAAUUGCGAAGGCAGGAAGCUUAUCGAGUUGGGAUGAUAUCUAUAAGAAGCUGGAUUCAAUGUCAACGGCGGAAAGCAGCUUCAACCUGGGGCUCUACUCGACUGUGAGCAUUGGGCAGGACAGUUCCCCCAUUCUUGAGGCAAUUAUCACUAUUACUUAAUUAUUGGCCGGCCUCGCGCGCUCAUCGUUUCUGAGACUCUGACCACUUCGUUCUUCUCGCAUGCAUGAAUAAGGCUGGAAAUAAAUGCAUAUGCAUAUGGAUGUUAGUUUGGUGUUGUUCCUAUUGGGUGUGGUGUUGAAAUAAGAUGCAGUACGUAUGUGUCUGCAGUCUUGGCUACGUACAGUUGCGAUUGUGAUUGAUGAUCAAUGGAUGGUACUCCGUAUAUAUGAAUAAACUAUUCACUAUGAUUAGUGUUGCGCUGUUGCAUGUACGUACGUACUAUCUAAAUAAAGGAGAUAUAUCUCUUUUAUUUUCUAAAAUAAGACUGUCAUGUUUUUUAUUACUACCUCCGUCCGAAAUUGAUUUGCAAAUUUGACUUUUCUUGAUCAAACAGUUUCAUUUCAUUCGCUUAAUUAGGGUGUUAAUUUUGAAUUAUAAUUUAAGUUGGACUUUGCAACUUUGAAGAGAUUUUAAUGUAGUUUCUAAAUAUGUAAAUUUUAAUUAUUAAAAAUUGAAUUAAUUAUCGAUACGGAGCAUUGACUUUUAUUAUUAGUUGACCAAAAAAUGUUGACUUUGCAAAACAAUUUGGGACGGAAGGAGUAUUAAAAUAGGACAUAUUUUGGCAGUAUCAGACUUCAAACAUGAUAAUAUUUUCCAAACUUGGCAGUAACUACUCCUAUUUUAGGAAUAAAAAACAUGACAGCCCUAUUUUGGAAUUUUCAAACUAUUUUAAUCCUAUUUCGGAAACUUUCCC